CUCCGUGGUCAGCAUCGGGCAGGGAGUGGGAGGGCCGGGAGCAGGACCAUGCCCAGUGCCCUGCCCAGGACCGUGCCCAGGACCGUGCCCAGGACCGUGCCCAGGGCCGGCCGGGCAAGCCGGCCAUCGGACUGAGCUGGAGCCCGAGGAGCAGCAGCAGAUUAGAAGGCCGGGAGGAGGAAGGUCCACGAUGCCGUGGCCCAUCUGGCUCGCUCUGCUGCCACUGCUGCUCUUGCUGCUGUCGCCGCCCGGGGUCGGGGCCGGGGCGGGAGCCGGGGCUGGGCGGUCCUGCUUCCCCAGGUGCCGGUGCCAAGUGGAGACUUUCGGCCUCUUCGACAGCUUCAGCCUGACCCAGGUGGACUGCAGUGGCGUGGGCGCCCACAUCGUCCCCGUGCCCAUCCCACUGGACACCACCUACCUGGACCUGUCCUCCAACCAGCUGCAGGCCAUCAACCAGUCGGUGUUGGCCGGGCCCGGCUACACCACGCUGGUCAGCCUGGACCUGAGCCACAAUCGGCUCACCCACCUGGCCCCGGCCACUUUUGCCCGCCUGCGCUACCUGGAGGCCCUGGACCUGAGUCAUAACGCCCUGGAGGCUCUCCCGGACGAGGCCUUCGCCCGCUCCCCCCUGGGAGACCUGGACCUGAGCCACAAUGCCCUGACCGAGGUGUCCGUGGGUGCCUUCUCCUCUCCCUGGGGCCAGGGUCGGCCGCUGCACGUCGACCUGUCCCAUAACCGCAUCUCUCAUGUCUCCUGGCCCGCAGACCGGCCCGUCCCCAACCUCCGGGGCCUGAACCUUUCCGGAAACCUCUUGCAUGUCGUUCCGGACCUGCGGGGCCUCCCGCUGCGCUUCCUGAGCCUGGAUGGGAACCCGGUGGCCUCGGUCCCGGGUGGCGCCUUUGCAGGGCUGACGGACCUGGUCCACCUGUCUCUCGGCCGCCUGCGGGCCUCCACGGGGCUGACUACCCACGGCUUCGGGCCCCUGCCCAGCCUACAGGUCCUCGACCUAUCCGGCAACCCUGGGCUCCGGGCACUCAGCGCCGAGGCCUUCCGAGGCCUGGACUCCCUGCAGGAGCUGGAUCUGUCCGGGACGGGUGUGGCCACGCUGCCCGACGCCUUGUUGGACCGCCUGCCGGCCAUCCGGAGCAUCAUGCUGGCCGCGGGGGUCCGCUGCCUCAAGGUGGUCCGCGAGAGCCAGUACCACCGGCAGCAGGAGGCAGCGGGGCUGAUCAGAAAGGAGAUCUUGUCCUGCCAAGAGAGGGCUGGGGACGCUGCCAAUGCCCCCGUGCCCUAUGCCUUGUGACCGUCCUUGGGGCGGUGAGGACAGCAGACACCUGCCCCACUGAUGGGCUGCGCCCAAAUCAUGUUUCUCCCUGGCCAACCUGGGUGGGAGGUUGCUGCUUCUCCCCGGGGACAGUGGGGGUCUGUAAGCUGGUGGCUAAGGAAGUCACGCUCCCAACUACUCCCACAGAUCCCUACAUCCCCCCUUAUCCCUGCAAGCUUAGGGGAGUUGCGGUAGGGCCCGGGUCCCGUGGCCAUCUUUGAAACCAGCCCUGGAAAGUCCCCAGAUCAGUUUGGGAACCGGGGACCAAAAGGACCGACACCUAGCCUCGACCCUGGCCCUUCUGGGGCUUCCUGUUCCUUCCCACCCAUUCAGUAUUUUCCCAGAAGUGCCUUCUGGAUGUGGCCGGGGAGGAAUCUGCUGCUCGAAGUUCUCACCUUUGUGGGAGGCUGGAGUGGGGUCCGUGGAUCAUGGUUGGGUCUCCCACUGGGAGAGUUGAAGGGGUCUCGGGCUUGACUCCCUAGAAGAUGGGUGGAUGAGGCUCAGUGCAGGCUGGAGAGGAACUAUCCUUCUCUCACAGGAUGCCAGAGCCUUUACCCCCACCUGAUGCUGGGAUCCGGUCCGCAUGCUGUGGACUGAGCUCUGUCACUGGAGUGAUUUUUUCCCCCCACAGCCCUGAACACGCCUGGUCAGAGCUGAGCAGGCUUGUUCCAAGCCUUAAAAUGGCUUCGCACCAGUGUGGGGGGCUCCUGGGCACUGAUGACAUGUGAGGCAAAGUCUUGUUUCCUGGAAAACUCCAGAAGAUGAGGCAAGGGCAUCUAGACUGUAAGCUCCUCAUGGGCAGGAACAUGUCAUGUCUCUCCACUCUGUUAUACUCCCAAACAGUACAGUGCUCUGCCCACAGUAUGUGCUCAAUAAAUACGAUUGAUAUGAGUUAAAAGAAGAUCUGUUCUCCGGAAAGCUUUAGAAACUGACGUCUCCAAAGAGCCCCUUACGUGGCUGGUCCUCUGGAC